CGCGUUCGCGGAGGCCGACGCGGACCUGCAGGAGCUGCAGGCAUCCAUGGAGCGGCUGCUGCGGGAGCCAGGGGACGAGGACAGCGAGGAGGAGCGGCCGGCGCUGCAGAGCAGCGGCGCGGGGCCGGGUCCGGGAGACGAGGACGACAACCCCAGCAGCGACAGCGCGCUGCACGAGGCCUGGCACUCGGACAACAGUGAUGGUGAGGUCACUAGUGAGUGCGAAUACGAGAGUGUCUUUAACCAUCUCGAGGAACUGAGGCUUCACCUGGAGCAGGAAAUGGGCUUUGAAAAGUUCUUUGAGGUUUAUGAGAAAAUAAAGGCUGUUCAUGAGGAUGAAGAUGAAAAUAUUGAGAUUUGUUCAACAGUAGUUCAGAAUCUGCUGGGAAAUGAGCAUGAGCAUCUUUACGCCAAGAUUCUUCAUCUAGUCAUGGCAGACGGGGCUUAUCAGGAAGAUAAUGAUGAAUAAUCCUGAGAACAUUCUUUAAUCCUCAACUAUAUGGAAGUAUUUAAAUUUGGCUUAUCAGAGUAAUACGCUUCAGUGGGAAAUGUAGCAAUUUUUUAUAAACUAAAUGCGAAGAUUUAAGGUGGGCAUGCUGAUCGCAUGAAAAUGAUGGAGAAACAUGCCAUUUUCAAUUAAAUUCUAGUUUUUUAUCUAUUUUAUUUUGUUUGUUGAGUUCUAUAGUUACCUCCUACAGAAAGUAUACUUUAUUAAGUCAUCCAACCAAAGUGUAAGAGUCAUUGAUCCAGACUGGACUUAAUGAUUUUGAUGAAGACUUGCCGUGCAGCAGGUAACUUUCACUUUCAGCAGAUGUCUUUAAGUUGAAAGAAUUACUUUUGUUGUGAAGGACCUGUGUGGUUUUUCAUGUAAGUAUUUGUGUGACUUUUUGUUGUUGUUGUUGUUUACUUUUUUCAUGGCCAGCAAUUCUGGAUUAAAUAACCUUGUCAAGGGCUCUCUUUAAAUCUUUAUAUUUCUUUACAUUUCAAAGAUGGAAUUUUUAGCCUUAAACUUUAUAUUCUCAGUCAUUUCUCAGCCAGUGUGUCUCCUGAGUUAGCUCAGUGGAAAUAGAAUAUACAAACAAUCUUAGAAAUCAUCAAAACAUUUGAUUAUGAAACAAUAGCAAAAGUAUAUUUGCUUAUAUUUAAAUAGUUGGUUAAUUAUUUUUGCGUCUCUUUGAGGACCAGAACCAGGAAGGUUGUAUCUGAAAAUUAGUCUGUGGGUUUUAACACUGACCAAGCAUAUAGCAUACAGUUGCCCUCUUUGUUUCUAACUUCCUCUCAUGCAUGUACUUCAAGGGCGGUUGAGACUGAAAAGGAGAAAGGAGUCGUUUCUGUUUUGACACUGUGACAGUUUUGGUAACGGGUGUUCCAAAGGGGCAAAGGUUGGCUUCUUUCGUUUCCAUCAUGAGAGGAUGCGGUUGGAUCGUUAACGACGAUGGGCACAGCUUCAGGUGCAGUGUGCCAGGUGUUACACGGGUUCAUUAGAGUUGUCUGAAGUCCAGAUGCUUUUAGUAAUAAAAGCAGAAUUUUUGAAACUCUUGAGUACAAAGCAGCCUGAUUGGCAUAAUCUGUAAUUUGAACAGUAAAAAAUUAUCUUGCAGCACUAUCAGUACUAUGCUGAAUUUGUUAUGUAUAUUAUUUCUAACAUCUAAAACUAAAUACUUGAUUUUUAUAUGUUUGUUUACUUCAUGAUAUUACUAUUAAAUUGUUAUUAUCUACCUGAA